UUGACAGAAAUGUCACAGCAAUAUUGACCUCAUUCGAAGUGCUAUGCGAUUUCAAUUUGGAGCCCUUCUGUCCUUGUGUGCCAUCGUUACUUUGGUGCAUUGUGGCGGAGAAGGGAAAGGUGAAUGCAAGAACGGCGCUAGCUCUAGUGGUGGAGGCUCAAAAUCGGCCUCCAACAUAGCAGUAAAGGCUAUGCAAGAGGCCAAGGCGGCAGAGGAUGCCCAACAGCCUGCGGGUCAGCAAGCUGCGCACCAAGUGAAGGAACAGCUGGCAGAGAAGGCUGUAGAGGCAGCCAAGGCUGCAGAUGCUGCGCUGGAGGGCAAAGAAGAGCUGGUGCAGCAGGUGCAGAACGAGAUGAAGGAAACUGAGGUUGUGGUAAACCAAGAACAAAGCAGUCUACAGCAGAUGCAGCAAGCAGCUCAAUCAGCCAGCAAAGCAGCCCAGCAAGCUGCAGCUGAGCUGAAGCUGAUCCAAACAGCUCUGCAGGUGGCUGAAGGCAAUGCACAAAAUGCUCAAGUAGCACUGGAAGGUGACAAUCAGCAAUUGCAAGAGAAAGAGACCCUCUUGGACGCAGAGCGUAGCCAUAUGGACCAGCUCUCUAAACAGUUGCAAGAAGCCAAGGCCGAUCUCGCCAAGACCAAGGAAGCUGAAAAGAAGGCUGAACAAGCUGCAAACGAAGCUAAGCAGAACGCUAAUAGAAACAGGAGGAAAAGCCAAAGAAGGAAGAGAAGAAGUGUCUAAGCUAUAGCUGCGCUCUUCGAUUAUUUUUAUACUUACAUUUUAUAUUUGUAUAUUGCUAUUUAAUAUAGGAAAAACACGCCUCAGGUAGGUGGACUCUGCACUUCCUA